GACGUUCAAAAUUCAGCAAGCUUUAAAAAAAUAUAUCAUGGGUCAGCUACAAACCCCUUCCCUCACGCCCGCAACAGUAAACGGAUUUCAAUGUAUUUAGUAGCACAUUAUAGUCCGAUAAACAUCAAUUUCAAAAGGGAAUCCUGUUUUUCCGAAUCUUUCCAUGUAACGUGAAAGCGGCAUUGGAGUCGAUCAACGUGUCCCAUGAUGCAGUGCGGUCAAGACCCGGCGGGGACAUUCAAAACUAUGGCAGAAGUUUCGAAUGUAUUUAAACGAACAUCAAAAUCAGAAGAUACGGAAAAUACGACCCCUGUUUACAGCGGAGACAAUGGGAUAAAUAGGCGUAGCCUGUCGUUUUCGUCAGAAAGGGAUAUUAGCACACUGGAGGAACCGAAUGUGACAUGUAAAGUCUCAACGUUACAAAGUGUUCCCGACAACCCGAAUUCAUGCCGACCUUCUGCGGAAAUCGCCGAGCAGCUCUCACCACAGGGCGUAAACACAUGUUUAAAGGCGCAAAAUGCUACUGAAUUGAAAGAUGCCUCCGUUGAAUAUCAAUCAAAUUCCAAACAGCAUAGUGUAAACAAUACUGAAGACAAGGAAAACUCCGCUACGCCUUCUACAACCAUCACUCCAGAUAAUACCCACGAAGAAGACACGUCUGGUCAGAGAACUUUGCAAGAUUCCAGUGUGACUGCCAGUAAACAACAUAGUAACACAGGGGACAGUGAUGCUGAAGUGGUGAGAAGAGCACAGGAGGAGGGCUUUGUGAACGUCGUCUUCCCUGGCACUGUAACUCAGGAAGGCUGCUGCCGCUUCGUCAGCGAGAUCCUCAAGUGCAUUCUCUAUCAGAGACAGCAGCUACCCAUGACAUAUGACCAGCUGGUGUAUUCCCAGAAGAAACAACAAGCCUCAGUGCAGGAUAAAGAAAUAGUGAGUCAGAGGCCGGUGCAGUCUGCAGACAUGGGCUGGCGGAAGUGUCAGCAAACCCUUAAGGAGCUAGAGGAGGUGCUGCAGCAGCUGGAGGUGCUAUUUUCCCUUAGCAGGGUGCCGCGUGUAAUGCUCCUAAUGGGUGGCUCCCUUGUCCUGCCCAAAGAGCUAUAUGAGAUCAACAUGGAGGAACUGGUAUUGGCUGGUGGAGAUCAAUGUCUACGGGUAUCUUCGUGCUUACGGCAACUUUUCCGCACUCUUUUUGUGGCGGACCUUUUGUCUGACACCAGACCUGUUCGUUUAAUGCCCACUACUGUCUUAGUGCUGGCUCACAGGGAUUGCGGCGUAGGUUGGUUCCGCCCUAAACUACAAUUUAAAGUGCCAACUCGUGUAAAAAACCAAAUUAUUGCUCUUUCUACUGAUCCCAGCACUUGUAAGGAACCAUGGGCGGAAGGGUCAGACUGGCAGGAUUAUGUGUGGUUCCAGGCACCCAUGACUAUCAAGGGCUUCAGAAACUGACCCAAAAAGAUGGGGGUGCAUAGUCUGAGAUGAGAGCUCUCUUUCUGUAUACUACAAUUAAAUUUUAAUAGUGGUUCAAGUGAAUUUGGAUUGAGCUGUAUAUGUUUUAAUGAAUUAUGAGUUUAAUUUUUUCUACAUGUGAUUAAAAGUAUGUCGAUUCAAAAAAUAGUGGGUUUGUUGACACAAGCAGUAUAGUCUAUUAUCCUUUUUUUUUUUUUUUUUUUUUUUUUUAAAUCAUCUUCUGAAAUAUUGAGAAAAUGUGUUCUCAGGAUGCUUUGCUGGCAUGUGACAAUAUCUGUUUGAGAACAUUGUGUAUUGUUUAUAUUUAUAAAGAAUGUUUUACAUCUUUUGCAUCAAAUACCACUAAUUUUUAAGGACAUUUAACACAGAACAACACACAAUAUUUGUGCAAUAGAUUUUCAAUAACUUGAGGUUUAAUUCAUUAUAUUGCUUUCUUUAAUACAAUCUGUGUACACGUUGGACUGCCAGUAUCAUCUGUGUAUAUGUUUACAUUUAUUAAAACCUUUAUGAUUUCAGCAGUAUUGCAAUUUGUAGGGAUAUCAAGCAAUAAGAUGUAUUGUGGUGUGGGAGGGCUCAUAGAAACAAGGAUUUGUGUACUUGUCCCAUUUGGAAAGAUUACUCACAAUCAAACACAACAGCAUUCAU